AUGGAUCUGGCUAAAGGGUCCUCGUGCCAAAGCCGGAGCGUCCUCCGUGAGCCUCACCCCCGGGAAGCGCAGAUCUGGACGGGACCUGGGCAAAAAAGGGUUGCCCCGCCCCGUUGCACCGGGCUGCAAGCUGCAGGCGGAACACAAGUGGCUGAAGGCUCCCGACGGCGAGCCGCGGCCGCCCAGGUGGGCGGGAGCCCGGCUGGGGGCGGUGUGGAAGCGGGGGAGGCGCCCAGCCCCGUGCUCACCCGGCUCCGCCACAGCAGCCCGGAGUCUUGGAACUACAACGUGGUCUCAAAGGGGUCGGAGAUGUUCGCAGCCUCGGUGGGCAAUGUGGACUGGCUUCGGUUCUGUCUGAAUCGGGGGCGGGAGCGCAAGGAGAUCGCAGUCGACAGCAAGGGCUUCUCAGCCAUCCACUUUGCAGCCCAGCGAAACAAGCUUCCCAGCCUCCAAGUCUUGGUAGAUGAGUACAAGUUUCCCGUGGAUCAGCCCACCAACAGCGGCCAGACGGCCCUGCACCUAGUCAUCCAGAAAAACAAAAGGUCGGACAUCCUCCCCUGCGUUGACUACCUGCUCAGGAAAGGGGCAGACAUCAACCUGCAGGCAGACCAUGGCUGCACUCCCCUGCACCUGGCUGCCCAAAAUGGCCAGCUGGGAUGCAUGAAGACUCUGGUCAAGAGUGGGGCUAAUGUGCAUGCCCAAGAUGCCUUGGGCUACAAGCCCAUCGACUACUGCAAGCUAUGGAACCACCGUGAUUGUGCCCGGUUCUUGAAGGAUGCCAUGUGGAAACAGGAUAAGAAGAACUUUGCCCAAGAGAUGGGGAAACUAAAGACCCUGAAGAGGAAGCUGGCCAUUUUGGAGCGCCGAUACCUGAUUGAAUUUCAAAAAAAACAACGAAAUCUGAGAGAUGCUCAUUUCAGAACAUGGCUCCAAGGCAAGCUGCCGGCCCAGACCCCGGCCUCUGUUGGCCCCAAGCAAGCGGGUGGUAUCCGGCCUUGGUCAGCAUUCAUCUUCAAGACUCUGGGACCCCAGCUGAGCAAAACUUUGUAUGCGUACCCUUCAGUGGAGGUUCAGCUGCAAAGUCUGCCCUCACCCGCGGCGUCCCCCAAGCCCGUCUACAAGCAGACCACUGUCCGUCGGCCCAAGGUGUGGGAUCUCAGUACUAACCCUGACAUGCCCCCAGCCACAAAGAUUGGCCACCCACAGGGCAUACGCCUAGGUGUGCACCCAGACCCCUGUAAGGAGCAUGACUUCUGCAGGUUCCUGAAGGUGUCUCCCAAUUCCCUCGGGGGUGCCUGCCUGCGUACAGUGGAUGAUCAUGAGGUGACGCCUGUACCCCACCUGCCUUUUGAGGUGAUGGUCCAAACACUGUACCCAGGGCUUAAAUCCUACAGGAUGAAAGUGCCCCAGGGCUUUUGCCCAGUUGAUAUCCUCAGAGUGCCCCAGAAACGGCAUUUGGGAGACACCUGUACCCGAGAAAUGGCCAUGAGCCUUCGUGAGACAUUUGAUGAACCCUUCCUGGCUACCUUGGAAGCUUGCCGGACUCCAGUGGUCCCACUCGCCAAGGAAUUUCUCAGAUAAAGUAAUUUUGGAA